GUGAACAGGUGAACAGGUAGACAGUCAGCAGGAUCAUCAUGUCCAUCAGUGUGAUUUUGAGGAAGAUCUCCAACCUUCCAGGACGAUCUGACAGAAAGGUGGAACUCUGCUUCAGAGGUUUCACCCAUAAAACCAGAGUCCUGCAGUGUGAGAACUUGGCCAUCUUCAAUGAGCAUUUCCAUUGGCCUCACUAUGGUAAAGUAAUCAGAGAUGAAGUUUUGUCCAUCAGUGUUUACAACUGCAGUAAGGUCUUCUCCAACAGACUGCUUGGUAAGCUGGUCGUCAGUCUCCAACAUGUUGUUACCACGGGGAGGCUGUUGCUGCGGGAACCUCUCACUGAUGCCAACUACAGCCCGACUGAUAUCUAUGUUGAGUUGGAUGUUCGGUAUCAUCCAGUUGAGGGAACAGCAGGAAGCUGGGAAGGACUUGACUUCCUGAAAGUCGAAGACACGGAUGAAUCAGCUCUGGUCAUCAGGAAUGACGGAUUUAAUGACCCUGAAAGUCAGCUGGCUGUCGCUCGUCCAGGUCAGUUGGAGAGAGAGGCUCGGCGUCUGGGGCGGAGCUUGGUCCGGACUGGAGAUGAAGACGAUGAUGAUGAUUUUGAUGACGACCUGAUGGACUUCAACAUCAUCUUCACUCCUCUACUGAGUCGUUGCAGGCCGAUGUCCAGAAAUGUUUCUGCGGUGACGCCCAGAGUCCAGAGCUUUCAGGUGAAUGUGAACAUCCUGGAGGCUCAGAAGCUGGUUGGAGUGAACAUCAGCCCUGCAAUUUUCAUCAGAGUGGGAGAUCAGAAAAAACACACUGCGACACAGAAAUCCACCAACUGCCCCUUCUACAAUGAGAACUUUCAGUUUGAGUUUCAAGAGACUCCACAAAUCCUCUUUGAUAAAGUCAUAGAGAUAAAGGUGUUCCAUAGGCGGACUCUGGCCUUCCUGAUGACCCACAUUGGAUCCUUUAAGAUUGAUAUCGCCACCGUGUACAACCAGCCAGACCACCGCUUCUACCAGAAGUGGGCUCCUCUCACCGACCCGGCAGACACCAGGUCAGGGGUCAAAGGUUACGUCAAAUCCAGCCUCAGUGUGCUGAUGAAGGGGGAUGCUCUGAGCAUGGCCAGGCUGCCCCCGCCCUCCUCGUCCAGAGCCAGUGAAGACAUAGAAAAGAACCUGCUGCUUCCUCGUGGUAUGGCUUCUGAACGUCCGUGGGCUCGGUUCCAUGUCCGGAUCUACAGGGCCGAGGGUCUGCCCACCAUGGAUGCAGGGCUGAUGGCCAAGAUGUCAAAGGUCACUGACCGGACGGUCUUUAUUGAUCCCUACGUACAGGUGACCUUCGCUGGACAACAGGGGGAGACAUCGGUCGCCAGUGCCACCAGCUGUCCAGUUUGGAAUGAGGAAAUCUUAUUCAUUGAGCAAUUUCCUCCUCUGGCUCAGCGAAUCAGAGUCCAGGUCCUCGAUGACGCCAAGAUGGGAGACAUCGCCCUGGCAACGCACGUCCUGGACCUGCAGCAGAUUUCAGACCCCACCAGGAACGGGUUUAACCCCACCUUUGGUCCAUGUUGGGUGAACCUGUAUGGUUCUCCUCAGAACUCCACCCUUGGAGACAUCCACCAGGCUUUUAACCAGGGUCAGGGUGAAGGAAUCUUCUACCGUGGUCGAAUCCUCCUCGCUCUCUACGUGGAGGUAUACUCCUCCCCUGCUGCCGUCGUCCCGGAUACAGGCUCCGCCCCCUUUGGAAAGGUGAAGGGAGCACUGGGGAAGCUGGGACUGAGGAAAAAGAGGAGCAGCAAAAAAGACAAGAAGAAGGAAGUGUCUGUUGCUACCAGUGGAUUGGUCGACGAGUCAGGGGAGGCGGGAGUUGAGGUACCAGAGGCUGUUACCAUAGAUAUUGAGGAGAUCCACCCACUCCCUGAGGGUUUCCAGGGACAACGGGAGGACUUUCUGUUGUUCGCAUCUCUGUUUGAAGUCACUAUGAUGGACCCAUCUGUAGGAACCAGACCGGUGACCUUCGAACUUUCCAUAGGAAAUUAUGGGAAGGCAGUGGGGGUUAGGAGAUCCAAGAAGAGCCAGAUCAGGGAGGAGCUGAGGAGGAGGAGCUGGGAGGAGCUGAGGAGCAGCAGGGAGGAUCUAAAUGAAGAGGUGCAGAUUCUGCUGGAGUCAGAGGAGGAGCUGAACAGAGAUGAGGUGCUGAGUCCCGAACCUGAGAUCAGAUCUGUGUCUGCUGCCAUGAGACCCCAGUCCACCGAGUACAACAGGUCUUUCCAGUGUCUUUCACUCCAGCCUCCCUCCGAGAAACAGAAGCCGUGUCUAUUUAUCUGGAGUCAGUUUGAAGAUCACAACUUUCGUCUCUAUCAGGCAAACUGGCUCAGCAAAACGGCCGACAGGCUGGAGAUUGGUCUUGAUGAGGUGGAACGUCUCUUGAGGAGGCCGAGGAGUAACGCAAAGGAGCGUUUGGAGGAGGUGCUGCUAGAGCUGGUGGCCUCCUGCAAACAGUUUAGUAGUUUUGACGACAGGAGGUCUCAGUUUCGCCCCAAUAACCUUGACAGAUGCAGGAAGGAGUUUCUCAAGAAGAAUUUGGUCUUUCUGGCCAGACAGGCAGUGAGGGCCAGGCGGCGGAUCACCAGGCGGAUGGCCAAACAGAAGUUGAUGGAUACCAGGAAACUCCUGUGGAAACUCCGCCUGCUGGCUAAGGAGCCCCAGACUACCAUCCCAGAUGCAUUUUUGUGGUUACUAAGUGGAAGCAAGCGAUUGGCUUACGUCAGGAUCCCCUCCUACUCCAUACUCUUCUCAUUGGUGGAGGAGCAGAAGGGGCGGGACUGUGGCAGAGUCACCACCCUCUACAUGAAGUCUCCCGGAGGUUCCGCAAGUGAGAUCUUUGCGAAGCUGGAGGUCUACCUGUGGCUCGGUCUGGCCAAGUACAGUAAAGAAGCCAUCACCUGCUUUCCGGAGGAGUUUCUGCCGGUCUAUGAGGAAGAGGAAGAGCAGAGGAGGCUGGUCCCUGUCGGGCAGAGGAAACUUCCUGUCAGUCUGUCCUGCCAGGACAGCAGAUAUUUCCAGCUACGAUGUCACCUGUACCAGGGGCGUGGCCUGAUGGCUGCAGAUGACAACGGUCUAUCAGAUCCUUUCGCCAAAGUCGUCUUCUCUACACAGUGCCAAGUCACCAGGGUGUUGCAUGGGACUCUAUCUCCAGCCUGGUGUGAGUGUUUGUUGUUUGACAGAGUUCUGCUGGAGGGAACAAGGGAGGAGCUCCAACAAGACCCACCCCUCAUCACCAUUAACAUCUACAACCACAACGUCAUGGGCAGUGUGAAGCCUCUGGGUCGGGCGUUUGCAGAGCCGGAGUUUAAAUCUGUGGAGCAGUACUACCAGAAGCCCCAUCUCCGUUUCUAUGACAUCAGCAUGGGCAGGGCCCCCGCCGGCGAGCUGCUGGCUGCCUUCGAGCUCAUCGAGCUGGACUACUCUGGGUUUGGAGAGCCCUGUGUCCCAGGCAGUGUGGACCCUCAGGAGCUGACCUAUCUGGAGGAUCAGAGAUGUUACAUCAUCCCUGAGGGUGUCCGCCCGGUUCUGAAGACCUUCAGGAUUGAGGUGCUGUUCUGGGGUCUGCGGGAGCUGAAGCGGGUGCAGCUGUUUGAAGUGGAGCGCCCACUGGUGAGGGUGGAGUGUGCAGGACGACAGCUGGAGUCUGAAGAGAUUGAGAGCUACGGCACUCACUCCAAUUUCAAAGAGCUGGUCCGCUAUAUGGACGUGGAGCUGCCAGAGCAGGCCUACCUCCACCCUCCUCUGACAUUGUUCGUGGUGGAGCAUCGGGCAUUCGGUCGGCUCGCUCUAGUCGGGACCCACGUGGUCCAGAGCCUCAUGAACUACACCCCGCGCAAGCUAGGGGGGGAGGGAGAAGAGGAAGAGGACGAGCCAAAACCAAAAGUGAGGCAGAAAAAAAAAAGAUCAACGAAAAAGAUCUUACCUCUGAUGUCAUUGGAGCGUAUUGGACUCAGCGGCCUGUCAAUUAAACAGUCAAAGAUUCCUUUUAACCCCAUCAAGCUGGUUACUGAUCCUCUGAAGAAACUGACAAAGAAGGGCAAGGAGCUAGAAGAGGAGCCACCGGAGUUGGAGGAGUUGGAUUGGUGGUCCAAAUACUACGCUUCACUAGAGGAGAUGGAGAGACGGGCUGCUGAGGAGGAGGAGGAGGAGGCAAUGAAGGAGGAACAAGCAAAUAUGGAUGGAGGGAAUCUGAGCAUGUUGAACAUCGAAGAGGACGAGGAGGAAAUCAGGGUGGUUGAGAUUAAGCCUCCCAGACGCAAGAACAUUGCCACACUAAAGCUGUUUAGAGGGGAUCUGGAGUCAGAGUUCAGUCAGUUUCAGGACUGGCUGCAGAUCUUCCCACUUUAUAAAGGCAGAGUUGACAUUGAGGAUGAAGAGGAGGAUGAAGAGGAGAGGCUGAUGGGAAAAUACAAGGGCUCCUUCCUGGUUUAUCCGAUUGAUUCAGGAGAUGAAGAAGACACCUCAUGUCAGAUCACCAAUGGAAUCCCCAAAAACUCACCUAUCAAAGUCUUGGUCCGAGUCUACAUCGUCAAGGCCACCACUCUGGCUCCCACAGACCCGAACGGUAAAGCCGACCCGUAUCUGGUGGUCCGGGCUGGACAGCAGUCUCUGGAUACUAAAGAUCGAUACAUCCCCAAACAGCUAAACCCUACUUUUGGAGAGGUGCUUGAAUUCACAGUGUCUUUCCCGGUGGAGACAGAGUUGGUUAUCUCAGUGAUGGACCACAAUCUUAUAGGGUUUAAUGGCUUCAUCGGUGAGACACGAGUUGACCUGGAGAACCGGUUCUACAGCCACCACAGAGUCUGCUGUGGUCUGGCUCUUUACUAUGACACUGACGGCUACAAUAUGUGGCGCGACACAGAUAAGCCGUCUGCCAUUUUAGCUGAGCUCUGCAGGAAGAACGGCAUUCAGUCUCCAGAGUACAGAACAUCUGAGGUCAAAGUCCUUAACAAAAUCUUCAAGAUCCCACCUGACGCAGUACCUGAAGGUCUGCUGAAGAAGAACCAGCGGUCUCCAGAGGAGGAGGCAGAGAUGGAGGAGCAUGCAGCCCUGAGCGUGCUGCGGCGCUGGGGGGAGAUGAACGAGUUCCUCCCUGGAGCCAUUCCUCUGGUCCCAGAGCACGUGGAGAUCCGGUCCCUGCUGAACCAGGACAAACCUGGACUGCCACAGGGUUUCCUUCAUAUGUGGGUGGACAUGUUUCCUAAUGAUGUCCCGGCCCCGCCCCCCGUUAACAUCAAGCCUCGCCUACCUGAACAGUACGAGCUGCGAGUGAUUAUCUGGAACGCCGAUGAUGUGUUCCUGAAUGAUGUCAACAUUUUCACCGGAGAGCCAUCCUCUGACAUCUAUGUGAAAGGAUGGAUAAAAGGAUUGGAAGGAGAAAAACAGGAGACUGAUGUCCACUUCAACUCUCUGACUGGAGAAGGAAACUUCAACUGGAGAUUUGUGUUCCGCUUCGACUACCUUCCUACUGAGAAAGAGGUGGUCUACAAGAAGAAGGAGUCCUUUUUCUCUCUGGAGGAGUCAGAGUUUCGACAGCCAGCUGUUCUGACGCUGCAGGUCUGGGACUAUGACCGCAUCGCUGCCAACGACUUCCUGGGCUCUAUUGAGUUACAUCUCAACGACAUGGUGCGAGCGGCAAAGUCAUCCAGUAAGUGUACGAUUAAGAUGGCGAAGGAUCGGGCCAGCCCUCGAUUUUCCAUUUUUCGCGCCAAGAAGAUGAAGGGCUGGUGGCCACUGACCCGCCCAAAAACAGCCGAGGACUUUGAGAGGGAGGAGAGGGAGGAGGCCAAGAAGAAAGGAAAGAAGAAGAAGAAGAAGGACAAGAGGAACAAUAUGAAACAGGAGGAAAUCCAAUACACCGACAGCAUGGGCAACAUUUUCCUGCUAAUGGGGAAGUUGGAGGUGGAGCUGCAGCUGGUGGCAUUAGAGCAGGCGGAGGCCAACCCUGUGGGGCGCGCCCGCAAGGAGCCAGAGCCUCUGGACAAACCAAAUCGUCCCACCACCAGCUUCAACUGGUUCGUCAACCCGUUAAAGUCCUUCAUCUUCAUCAUCUGGAGGAAGUUCAAGAAGUUAAUCAUCGCUCUGGUCAUCCUCACCAUCCUCACGCUCUUCCUCGGCCUCAUCGUCUACACGCUGCCGGGGCAAAUCUCCUCCCUCAUCAUCAAAGGAUAAAGAAUCCUGCGGGGAGUCUUCAUUCUUUCCUCCUGGAUAUCACAGACUCAGUCUCAGGUUUCUGAUCCAGAACUGAUCCACUUAACGAUAUUUACUACUUAGUGUUGCAUAUUCUUGAAUUUUUGAGAAAGGAGAGGCUCGGUCCAAUGAAGAUUUAACAAAAAGGUUUAAUAAGAAAAUUACAUGACAGAACAAGUUUUACGCUGCUGUGAGCUGAAAAGAUGCUACUCCCUCGUGGAUUCACAUUUUUCAGUCCUUAACGACCCUCUGCUUGUUCACUAUAUUCUCCUGGACAUGUGGGCGGUUCCUUUUCCCCAUGUGGAUUAAAACCAUUCCCAUUGGUCCUUCGAUGGCACGGUGGCAUUUGUGGCACAUCUCAUUAGUUUUCUUCGUCGUCCAAAUAAGGAGGAUACACCUCUAACAUAAUGGAUGUUUGAUGUGACAAAGAGCUUCCUCCUGUAUGCUAAGUGACAGACAUCUAAUUUAUCUUGAGAAACUUAGGAAUCAGUAUGAAACAGAAAGAUAUUGAUACAGUCCUUUUCGCCUAACCCAUCUGCAGCAUACAUUGUGAAUACACUUAAAACAUAAAAGUACAAUGAUAUCAAAAAUCUUUAAACAUUAACACUCAACAAUCCCUCCUUUCACACCAUUUAUGGUGUAAAAUCACUAUAAAUGUCACUGAAAAUAAAGUCAUUACAUGAACAUAAAAAUAUAACAAAAAAUGUAAACAUUAGCAAACAAAAGUCGUAAAAAAUAAAUCAUGAUUUAUACAAGAAAUUCAUCUUCUCUGACCUCACUAUCUGACUCCUCAUCUUGCAUCAAAGGUGCUAUUUCUCUUAGCACAAACUUCCCCUCAUAAGGAACAAUGGUGUAGGUGUUAUCCCUCUAUUAACUUCUAGCAUGGUGCCUAAUUGGGGCGGGCUGAGGGACAAGUAAAACAGUCUUACAUGUGUAUUUUUGCUGAAUAUUAAACCCAAUCAAGCCAAGUAUUUAUGUCAGUGUAUCUGUUGCGAUUGCUUGUUCUGGAAUAUUCUUAUCUAAAUAGGUUGGUGUGGGUUCUUUCUAUCGAGUGGAGUGGUUUUUGUUAUGGUAAACGGUGGGUGGCUUGAACUCAAAAAAUGGCGGUAUUUUGUGUUUGAUGUAACAGCGGGUUUCAUUCACAGUGAUCAAGCAAAUGUUUUGUUUUAACACUAAACUGAAGCAAAAGCAGACAUAUUUAAUUAAAUCAAGAGACACAAAAAGUUGUUGAUCAGAUAAAAACAAUGAAACAACAGGAAAAAGGAUAUCAGAAAUAAUAAAAAUAAAUAAAAGAAAAGAAAAAACUUAAACACACUAUCUCAGUAUAUCCUGUAUGUUUCCUUUCAUUUUCCACUGGAGAGAGCACAGAAAGCAGCUGUCAUCAAUGUCCAUUGUAACAGAAGAUGCAGACAGGGAAAGAUAGUCUGAAGUCCAGAUUUUGAAAAGUUACUUGUUAUUGGAGAAUGCACAGAGUUAACAUUUCAAAGUUCCAUGUUGUGACCACCUCCAGUGCUUCUGAUGCACUGUUUUAAUGGCACUAUUAUGGCAGCAGGAGCAUCCCUGCAUGUCUGACACAUGCUUGUGGAUGUCAUCACAGGUGUAACUGGGGACAGUUCAUGGGUGUAAUAUGUGUGUUUGUGUUUAGAGGAGUAAAUGGCAUGUCAAAUGUCUGCGGUGCUGGCACAUCCUGUUUUUCCUUGUUCAAUAUUGUCGAAUCUGGAACUGUGAUACAUCAGUAUUUUCGUCUCUCCCUCCUUUUUCUGAAACAGGACUGCAUUCACAAUGCUCUUUUCUGGCGUGUCAGUGGUUUCAGGGUUAGGAAGGGUAUUCUUUUUUUUAUGCUGGCAUUGUCAAGAAGCCACCACAGCAAUAAUCUGGUCACAGAAGUCAGCAGCAGUGAUGUUGGUGUUCUCUGUUGGCGUCUGGUCAGAUGAGCCUGGGUUCCUUUUGGCACUCUGCUGGGCUGUUGAUCUUAUGCAGUGUGAACAUGGAUAGAUGUGGGGCAUCCUUCACACUCCACUGCAGUGUUGGUGGUCAGCAGUACUUGGAAUGAGCCUGUCCACCUGGACCUGGAUUCCUUGAACAGACGAAGUCAUCAGGCUGAAUGACAGGAGGAGUCUGGGCUGCUGUGAUCACCUACGAAUGAAGUGCUUUGACAGACUGACAUAUUGCUUUGCAAAAGUCAUAUUAGUGUUUUCAUUUAGGGCAAUGUCUAGGUGUGAAAACAAAGAAAAGUGUAGCGAUAGGAGUUGUCCUCGAUCUGUCCAUAAAUUUCUCAUGAGAGAGAAAUCUUUCUUCCGGUAUCUGUGUUCUCCAAAGUCGUUAAGACAAUGGGCAAAGGCUUCAGUCCGAAACAAAAUAAAUUAUCCCGAAAAUCAUCAGUCCAUUGUAUAUCAUCAAUUACAAAAGCAUAUAUUCAAAAACCAAUAAAAUUUUGCACUGUAUAGAGUUUCCAAAGGCUCUCAAGGGGGAAGUAUGGGCUGCGUGAUUAAUCUUUACUGGGUUAGUCUGUUGAUACUUCAAACAUCUUUGACAAUUUUGGUCAACAAAUUGCUAUUUUUUGGAGCAAAUCAAUGUCUGCUUAUAUCAGCCACCAUGCUUCUUUUGCCCAUGUGUCACUCUAUGUGCCACACUUCAGACCCUGAGAUUAAGGUUUGUGUAGCAACUGCGUGGCCAGCAUCCUCAAAUCUUCCUUUUUUUAGAUUAUGAAAAAAAUAUUUACAAACUAGGGAAUAAAAUAAUAAAAACCAACAAACCAAAAAUAAUAGAAGAAAGAAACGAUAACCGAUUGAUCAAAAUAAAAAUGCAUUAAAAAAUGUAGAAGAAGAAAAAUGAAAAUCCAGUAGCCUAACCCAGGAUAUUAAUGGUGACCUACUUCCAAUAUAAUGAUGAAUUACUUAUUCCAAUUACAAAUAUUCUGGCAUGAGGAAAGAAUACCAAACAAUUUAGAGAAAAGAUUACAAUGAUCAAAAAGCAUUCACUCACAAAACUAUCUGAGUAGAUUUACAUAGACUCAAUGCUGUCUACAUCUAUUGUGUUAAAUGAGGUGUGAACACACAGUACCUCCUUGACAGUCCUUCAUUUGAAUGAACGCUAGGCUAUAAAAAAACAGACAGACACUAAAAGUUUGUUUCUUGAAAGAAUAAUAGAAACUUAAUCAAGGAACAGGAAAGUGGAUUUAAAGUUAAACAAGACUAAGACUGUAGGACAAAAAAGGGUUCUUGAGUGGUUGAGUUUCUUAAACUACCAGAAAUUUUCAAUUCAUCAUUAUGCAAAUCAAAACCUAUUUUUUGUUCACAGUUUGGCCAAAUCAGUUCUAACCUCCUCUAUUGGUUGGGAGGGGGCCAAUGUGUAAAGGUGGUGCCAAUUCGCUCUUUUUUUACCUCUAACUUUCAGGGCGUUGGUGGAGUGCUCAAUCAUUUCCACUGUCCUGUCCACCUAGGUUCAGCCCAUUCUUGCUUGUGAACCUUCAACCUCACCCAAUCUCGAGGCCCUACAGGAGUCUGUUUCGUUCUGUGGUGCUUCGAUGGCAGCUUGAACCUGUGAAGAAAAAACUUGAGUAAAAUUAGUGAGAGUCCUCGUAUAAUCUUCUGCUCUUAUCUGCCACAAAUCCAACACUGGCCCAGACCGCUAUCUCUGGGCAAACCUGGCAUUUGUAGGGUCUCCCACCACUGUAAGCAUUGCACUUUUCACAGCUGUUUAACAAAUGACAGAGUUUGGCAGGUGCCACCAAACAACCAUCAUGUGCUCUUCUAAGACUUCCAUCUCGUCUUUUUUGCGCCCUUUAAAAGCCACUGGUUUUGUUAUAGGGGCCUGCCUGUUCCUGCAUUCUCUGUAUGUGUUCUUCGGUUAAUUUUAGGCUGUUGUUAUAUCAAUUGUAUGUUGUAACCUCAGGCCUUUUUAUCUGCUUGUCCCAGUGUUUGUUUAGUACCGGUGCCUAUUCCUCUCGGUGAAUCAUAAGGCAUUGGUGCUGGUGGACCCCCGAAAGGAAAAGCUUUGGCCCAGUGUGUGAGCUGUCCUCUUUUGGGUGGUCUCUGGUACUACAUGAGGUAUGGUUGUGGCAGGACUGGCUCUGCCAUGAUGUUAAGUUGUUUAUCCCUGACUUCUACAGAUCAGUUGGUUUCUUACUCUUCUUUUUUUAUAGAAUGAAAAUGAAAACAAAUAAUAAUGUAAAUCGUAAUCUAUGUAAAUCGUAAAAAGGAAAAAAGGAAAAUCUACUUAAAUCCCUGUUUGGUGUUUGAUGACACUUGCCUCUGAAUCUUUUAUCAGGUCUGGUUUACGAACGCUCACAAUAUUUUUAAUUUAAUUAUCUUGCUUAGUGAUUUUACUUAGAACUUUUAUCUGAAAUCCUGGUCCUUUGUUAAGUUAAAUUCAGAGAUGUUAUUUGUUGUUAUGCAAUUUUCAUGUUCUUUAUUUAUUUUAUUUUUCUAUCAUUACCUUUUCUGAUGACUAACUGGUCUUUUAGUAGAAUAUUUAUAUUUUGAUUGUAACGCUUUUCUUUGUUGGCCUAAAUAGAGUAAUACAAAUAAUUACAAUAUUAACAAUUUGUUGUAAUGAUUUAAUUUGUCCACCGGAUGGAGCCACUGUUUUUUUCUGCCAACCACAGGGACUGGAUGUGUUCUUUAUGCAAUGCAAUGUCUGAUGUUUUAAUAUUCCCAAGCCCUGCCACAGAGUAAAAUGUAAGGUACUGAUUGCUUUCAAUUUAAUUCACCUCAUAAGCAGCCAAGCUUCUACCUUUUCAUGUGGACAGUCAUAAGAGGUGAAUGUUUAUUUCAACCAGUCCCUUCUGUUAAGUUUUUUCAGUUAAAAACCUCCCCACAUUUCCCCAGUCACUACAAAACAGCGUCAAAAAACACUGUUUUGUUUAAAACACACUGCUUGAGCAGCCUCCUGCUUGCUCCCAAUUCAACAAAAAUGAUCCUAUUUACAAUUAAUUAUCUUAUUUACAGUCACUACAAAACACACUGUGCGAGCAGCCUUCUGCUGACUCCAAUUUCAACCAAUUUUUUAAAAU